GCAGACGUCCAAUACCGUGGUAGCUGCUCCAUCUCUGGCUAGCGGGGUCUCGGUAACUCUCAUCCCAAGCACGCCGCCCAAAAAUACGUCGACCUUAGUGGCAUUCGCGCCACCGUCCAAGCUGAACCUGACAUGGAUCAUCCUCAUCGCUAGCGUCGCUGGUGUUACGAUUUCCCCUGCAGUGAUGAUGCUGGUUAGAAAGGCUCUUAGAAAAGGUUUGAACAAGGGGUGCGCGAAGGCCUCAGCAGGUGCGUCUGUACUCAGACAGCAUCAACAUCCUCUUCACAUCUUUCCGCUCGCGAUUAGAAACGUCCGCCGUGCAACUGCUCUACGUCAAUACUCCCACAGAGAAUGUCAGUCAGCCUUCGAUGCAGGCCUCGCCAACGAUCAGCCCAGGCGAGCGCAAUCCUGAGACAUCGACACUGUCCACUAGCACUGUGGCAGGCACGCUCAUGAACGUCCCCGGGCCCUUUGUGGCAGGUAUGCCCACGAACUCGUCCUUCGUGGCUACAGAUGACGAUGACCGCGCGACCAUCAACGUCUCACCGCCGCCCGACGCAGAGCAGAUGCGGCAACAGGCACUGGCACAGAUGCUUGCUGAAGACCCGGCGCCCAUGUGGAGGCCGCGCGCACGCACCCGCUCUCGCUCUCGCAGGAGGUGUGCCGUCGAUGGCGGGGCGUAGAUGAAUGGGAACGGCGUACAACGGAGUGCCAGUCCUACGCCAACGACCAUCAGCACUGACGCGGAUACAGAGUACUCUAUCAGUGCGAGCACGCUUCCGCCCGUGUAUGAUCGAUACGAUUAGCCCGAAAGACAUUCCGAUCUUGGUAAUUUAUUGCAUUUUUACUUGUACCUGUGCGUCGCUGUCAUCUCUCCAAGUCUUUGCUCUUUGAACUUCGCUCGUUACUAGACCCGGACACUUCGCAAAAACAUUUUGCCCACAAAUUGAAUGCAGCCGUACUUUUUGCUUACUCGGAGUACUUCUUCGAUACUCUGUAUGCAGUCGUAGUUGUGUAUCUUGUCCAAUAAGCAUUACUGUAGAUUUUC